GUGCCUGAUCCCGUGCGAUGAAUUAGAUGCUGACCCCGAAAUACUGUCCCUGGAGGGGGAGUAUAUAGAGGAACACAGGGGUCUGUACAAGGAUGUGAUGAUGGAGAAUCACCGGCCCCUCACAUCACUGGAUGGGCCCAGUAACAGAGAUACCCCAGAGAGAUGUCCCCGUCCUCUGUAUUCCCAGGACUGUACAGAGGAGUAUCACAGGAUCCCACAGGAGGAUCAGGUAGAACGUCUGUCUGAUAUUAAAACAGAAGAUAUAGAGGAAGAAGAAGAGACGUAUGUGACUGAUAUAAAGGCAGAAUAUCUAGAGGGAGAAGAAGAGACGUAUGUGACUGAUAUAAAGGCAGAAGAUCUAGAGGGAGAAGAGACAUAUGUGUCUGAUAUAAAGGCAGAAGAUAUAGAGGUAGAAGAAGAGACGUAUGUGACUGAUAUAAAAGCAGAAGAUAUAGAGAGAGAAGAAGAGACGUAUGUGACUGAUAUAAAGGUAGAAGAUACAGAGGAAGAAGAAGAGACGUAUGUGACUGAUAUAAAGGCAGAAGAUCUAGAGGGAGAAGAAGAGACAUAUGUGUCUGAUAUAAAGGCAGAAGAUAUAGAGGUAGAAGAAGAGACGUAUGUGACUGAUAUAAAGGCAGAAGAUAUGGAGGGAGAAGAAGAGACGUAUGUGACUGAUAUAAAGGCAGAAGAUCUAGAGGGAGAAGAAGAGACAUAUGUGUCUGAUAUUAAAACAGAAGAUACAGAGGAAGAAGAAGAGACGUAUGUGACUGAUAUAAAGGCAGAAGAUCUAGAGGGAGAAGAAGAGACAUAUGUGUCUGAUAUAAAGGCAGAAGAUAUGGAGGGAGAAGAAGAGACGUAUGUGACUGUUAUAAAGGCAGAAGAUAUAGAGGAAGAAGAAGAGACGUAUGUGACUGAUAUAAAGGCAGAAGAUCUAGAAGGAGAAGAAGAGACAUAUGUGUCUGAUAUAAAGGCAGAAGAUAUAGAGGUAGAAGAAGAGACGUAUGUGACUGAUAUAAAGGUAGAAGAUAUAGAGGUAGAAGAAGAGACAUAUGUGUCUGAUAUAAAGGCAGAAGAUAUAGAGGUAGAAGAAGAGACAUAUGUGACUGAUAUAAAAGCAGAAGAUAUAGAGAGAGAAGAAGAGACGUAUGUGACUGAUAUAAAGGUAGAAGAUACAGAGGAAGAAGAAGAUACGUAUGUGACUGAUAUAAAGGCAGAAGAUAUAGAGGGAGAAGAAGAGACGUAUGUGAGGGGUGAUCAGCAGUGUAAGGAGGGGGAGAUCCCUACAGAUAUCAGCACAGAUGGACCCACAAGCAGGAAUAUCUCAGAAGGACAUCUCAUGUUAUCCCCGGAUUGUGACAUAAAAGAUAAUGACAGCAGACAGGAUUCUCCAGGAGAUAAUCCCAUUACCCCAAUUAUACAUCCAGCUCUAUCAGCUGAUCCCUCUGAUCCUGGGAAAUGUUCUCCUGAUCACUCUGAUAUUGGUGCAUCUGUUACAGCUCUGAGAGUAGAUACAGUGUUUCCCUGUUCUAUAGAUGCCAAAUGUUUUACACAGAACACAAAGCUUAUUACCCAUCUGGCAGCUAAGGCAGGUGAGAAGCCACUGAUAUGUUCUGAGUGUGGGAAAUGUUUUACCUGCAAAUCACAACUUGUUUCACAUCAGUGCAGUCACAAAGGUCAGAAGCCAUUUCCAUGUUCUGAGUGUGGGAAAUGUUUUACAGAGAAAUCACAUCUUGUUACACAUCAGAGACGUCACACAGGUGAGAACCUAUUACCAUGUUCUGAGUGUGGGAAAUGUUUUGCCCGGAAAUCAGAACUUGUUAGACAUCAGCGAAGUCACACAGGUGAGAAGCCAUUUUCUUGCUCGGAGUGUGGGAAAUGUUUUGCCCAGAAAUCAAAACUUGUUAUACAUCAGCGAAGUCACACAGGUGAGAAGCCAUUUUCUUGCUCGGAGUGUGGGAAAUGUUUUGCCCAGAAAUCAAAACUUGUUAGACAUCAGCGAAGUCACACGGGUGAGAAUCCAAUUUCUUGCACUGAGUGUGGGAAAUGUUUUACACGGAAAUCACAACUUGUUAAACAUCAGAGAAGUCACACAGGUGAGAAGCCAUUUGCAUGUUCUGAGUGUGGGAAAUGUUUUACAGAGAAAUCACAUCUUGUUACACAUCAGAGACGUCACACAGGUGAGAACCUAUUACCAUGUUCUGAGUGUGGGAAAUGUUUUACACUGAAAUCACAUCUUGUUACACAUCAGCGAAAUCACACUGGUGAAAAGCCAUUUCCAUGUUCUGAGUGCGGGAAAUGUUUCACCCGGAAAUCACAACUUGUUAAACAUCAGCGAAGUCACACAGGUGAGACUCCAUUUCCAUGUUCUGAGUGUGGGAAAUGUUUUACAUACAAAUCACUUCUUGUAAUACAUAAGAGAAUACAUACAGGUGAGAAACCAUAUUCCUGUUCUGAGUGUGGGAAAUGUUUUACAUACAAAUCAACUCUUGAUGCACAUAAGAGAAGUCACACAGGUAUAUCACCAUUUCCAUGUUCUGAGUGUGGGAAAUAUUUUGCACAGAAAUCACAACUUGCUAGACAUCAAAGAAUUCACACAGGUGAGAGGCCAUUUCCAUGUUCUGACUGUGGAAAAUGUUUUGCACAGAAAUCACAUCUUUUUGCACAUCAGCAAAGUCACACAGCUGAGAAGCCAUUUCCAUGUCAUGAGUGUGGGAAAUGUUUUACACACAAAUCAGAUCUGGUUAGUCAUAACAAAAGUCACACAGGUGAGAAGGCAUUUUCUUGCUCUGAGUGUGGGAAAUGUUUUGCCCGGAAAUCAGAACUUGUUAUACAUCAGCGAAGUCACACAGGUGAGAAGCCAUUUUCUUGCUCGGAGUGUGGGAAAUGUUUUGCACACAAAUCAGAUCUUGUUAGUCAUAACCGAAGUCACACGGGUGAGAAUCCAAUUUCUUGCACUGAGUGUGGGAAAUGUUUUACACGGAAAUCACAACUUGUUAAACAUCAGAGAAGUCACACAGGUGAGAAGCCAUUUGCAUGUUCUGAGUGUGAGAAAUGUUUUGCACACAAAUCAGAUCUUGUUAUACAUCACAGAAGUCACACAGGUGAGAAGCCAUUUUUUUGCUCUGAGUGUGGGAAAUGUUUUACACAGAAAUCACAUCUUGUUAGACAUCAGCAAAGUCACACAGGUGAGAAUCCAUUUCCAUGCUCUGAGUGUGGGAAAGGUUUUGCACACAAAUCAGCUCUUGUUAUACAUCACAGAAAUCACACAGGUGAGAAGCCAUUUCAAUGUUCUGAGUGUGGGAAAUGUUUUACACAGAAAUCACAACUUGUUACACACCAGAGAAGACACACAGGUGAGAAGCCAUUUUAAUCUUCUGGAGUAUACUUAUCAUUGCCAUGUGUUGUUCUUCAAGGUUCUUAUCAUCUCCUAUACUUUUUGCAAUACACAUGUUACCACAGUGUGAAAUAAUCAGGUGUCAUGCCCUCAUCUACCACUGCUAUGCAGAUGACCUGUCUUUUGCUCUGGGUACUGAGAACCCAGCACCAAUCCUAAAUGUCUAGCUGAGCUCCAGGUGUGGGUGAUGCCAGUUCGCUGUGACUCAGUGCUGGUGAAACAGGUCCUUAUGAUAGAAGCUCACCAACAAAGGGCAGGGCUACAGCUCAGCUUUGCUACCAGCCAGACUUACGCUUGGGGGUUCAGAAUUACAAAAUGCUGGUCAUGUGCAGAAUAUUAGUGUCCUGGAUGGUGGAGUGACACCAUUAGACAUCCGGUAUCAGCCAGAAUCAGAUCCUCAUAUGUGGACCAUAGCCAGACUCCAGCACUUAAUUCCCUCAGAAGAUCUACCUGAUGUCGUACAUGCACUUGUAUCAUCUCAUAUAGACUACUGCAAUGUCAUCUACCUGGGUCUCCCAGCAGAAGAAUUGCACCAGUUGUAGCAUGUACAGAAUGCAGCAGCCAGGCUGUUACCUAACUAGCCCGUUCCUGCCACAUAACACCCAUUCUCUGGUCCCUGCACCGGCUGCCUGUAAGAUGGUGACUGGGCCUAAUUCAGGUUGGAUCGCAGUGUGUGAUCCAAAUGGAAUUCUGAAAAAGUUGCGGGCGCAUCCACUGCACCCAUCCUGUGCAUGCGCCCGCAUUUUCUGCGGAGGGGCCACAGAAAAUGUGAUUGCCUGUCAGGCAGAGGCGGUCACGAGGGUUGGUGGGCAAUGCUCCAUUUCCAGGGAGGUGCGAAUCGGUGCGGGGGCAGUGUAGCGCGAACAGAGGGCAAAGGCGGACAAACGGACAUCAUCAUGGUGGCUUUGUGACAUGCAGCCGCUGUAUUCGAGAAGAAUGCGUCGGGCCUCCUGCGGGCGCAACUGAGCUGCAGCAGGAGGCUUCACUAACUUCUACGAUGAAGCAGAAAUUGUGAGGCAAUCGCAUUUUCUGCUUCAUCAGGGGGGAGGCGGCGGUCAGCAUGCUGGGUGGCCUUGCCCUGUGAUGGGCGGCCCCUAGCGCGCUAGGAAAAGGAUUGCUAAUUCUGCUAAAUAGCAGCAUCUGCAAUCCUUACUGAAUUAGACCAGCUAUUAAAUAAUCUUACUGACUCUCCCAGCCUUGCAUGACCACGGUACCAGAAGCAGCUUCUGCCUCCGUACUGCCCAAGCUUCUUCCAUCUGUUGAUGAAGGACUUAGCAGUACCAUAGAUUCCCAAGCAGUGCUUAGAUGUCGGGGAGACAGGGUGGGUGGCAGUAGUGCAGUAGCGGGGGCUGCUGUAGGCAGUGUCUAUGUGAGUAAACGUCCCCAAGCAGCGCUGAGGUGUCAGAGCAGGGAGACAGGGUGGGUGGUAGUGGAGUCAUGGGGUGGAUGGCAG